UAGUUUAAUAUGAAAACCCGGUGGAGUAUCCCUUUAACGUUGUAUUCUCAUUGCUAUAUUGUGUUCAAUAAAGAUUGUUACUCCUUUGAAAUUAUCUCCCGCCUCGGUUGUCUUUCUGUCGCGCACCUGUGGUGCGGCUCCUCACGGUGGUGUUUGGUCAGAGUUGCGACUGGUCAUCCGAGUCCGCCCCGGCCUGCACCGGUGACACGCAGCAGAAGAGUUACCCAAAAUAAAAAAUGAAGUUUAAAAAAAAAAAAACUCAAUUUUUUAGAAAGUGUGUUUCGCACUUUUCUUACUCUCGACCUGCAGUGAGUUGAAUGAUAACUUGACCUGACCGAUUUCUGAUCUUGUUCUAUACUUUUAUUUCAGAGAUGUCAGAGAUCAGCUCCAGUCCAGAUGAUCCAGUGAUCCGGGUUCUUCUGAUGGGCAGAUUUGGUUCUGGGGCAAGCUCAUCUGGAAACACUAUAGUGGGAGAAAAGAAGUUUAAAGUAAAGAAACAUGAGUCUGAAAUUUGUGAGGGUGAAACAGAGAUCGGAGAGAAGCAGGUGCAUGUGUUUAUUUCUCCAGAUCCACUGGAUCCAGAUCUGUGUGAAGAGAAGAUGGAGAUGAUGAAGGAUCAGCUGGUCUCUCGAUGUUCAUCAGGUCUCAGUGCAGUUCUGCUCACCGUUCCUCUAGAGCAACCUGUGCAAAAUGAGGAAGAAAUCCUGGAUUAUAUUAAAGGUUUAUUUGGUCCUGAUGUUCAGAAGUACAUCAUGAUUCUGUUCACACGUCAAGACGAGCUGGAAGAUCUUGAUCAGACCAUUGAUGAACAUCUGGAAGAUCAUGCGGAUCUCCAGCGACUGGUGACUGAAUGUGGAGGAAGGUUUCACUGUUUCAAUAACAAGAAAGAAUCAGAGAGUCAGAGACAAGAACUACUGCUGAAGAUUGAAGGAAUGAUGAUGAAGAAUGGAGGGAAAUUGACCUUGGAACAAAUGAAGAGGACUGACAGUAAAAGAGGUUUUCUUAUUAAUUUUUCAGCAAAGUCUGGAGAUCCAGAUGAGAUUCCUAAGAAGAAAGAUCUCAGACUGGUUCUGCUGGGAAAAACUGGAGCUGGAAAAAGCGCCACUGGAAACACCAUCAUCGGCAGAAACGUGUUCGAAUCUUCAGCCGGUUCAAAGUCUCAGACGAAACAGAGUCAGUCAGAAACUACAGUGAGGUUAAAUAAAGAGAUCUCCGUGAUCGACACACCUGGACUUUAUGAUACUGAACUCAAUGAGGAUGAGUUUAAAACUGAAAUAGUGAAAUGUGUAACAUUAUCCUCUCCAGGCCCACACGCUUUUCUCAUCGUCAUUA